AUGCCGCGCACCGGCGCAGCGCGGCCGGGCGGGCCUGUGGGGCGGCGGUCUGUGUGUGCGGCGCUGACCCGUUUCUGCCCGUGCCGCGUCGCCCGCAGAGCUCGACGCGCUGGAGAAGCUGGUCAUCUCGCUGCACACCGUCAACGCCGGCGAGGAGGCGCCACCCCGCCUGGCGAGCCAGCUCAAGGCCCUACAAGACCAGUACCGCUUCGUGCAGGAGGUGUACAAAUACCACUCCGUAGUCGAGGACGAGGUCGUGUACCCGGCACUGGAGAGCAAGGUCCAGAACGUCACUUUUGCCUACAUGGUCGAGCACGAGGACGAGGAGCGGCUGCUCGGGGAGCUCGCGGGGCACCUCAGCCACGCCCUCGCGGCCGUGGACCCCUCGCCCGACGCCUCGGGGCACGUCCCCGACCCCGCAGAAGCCCUCCAGGUGUUUUCUUGCAAGGUCGAACAAGUGCACCUCACGCUGCGGCAGCACCUGCUCAAGGAGGAGCGCCAGCUCUUCCCGCUCCUGACGCAGCACUUCUCCUGCGACGAGCAGGCCGCGCUCGUCGGCCAGUUCCUCUGCUGCAUCCCCCUCGAAUCGAUGUCGUCCGUGUUGCGAUGGUUGAAACGCGGAGUGCCGAGAACCGACCUUGUCGCGCUGCAACGCGCCAUCCAGGCCGCCCCCGGCGGCGACCUCCUCAAGGACGCGAUGGUCGCGUGGCUCGAGCCCGAGGCGGGCCCGGACGGCGCGGCAACCGCCACCACCGCGCCGACGCCCGCGGACGACGACGACGACGACGGAGAGGCCGCGACGGACUCCGCGGACGCGUCCCCGAUGGACGUCGUCGUGCACGUUCACGGCGCGAUCCGCGCCGCGCUCUCCUCGACCGUCGCCGAGGCUGCGGACGUCCGGACAUCGUCGUCGAUGUCCCUUGCCUCCAUCGAAGCUUUGCAGGACCGGCUGCGGUUCCUGAAGCAGGUGUACUCCUUCCACCUCGAGUCCGAGCAGCGCGUGAUGCUCCCGGCGCUCGCCGCAGCGCAGCGGCGCGCCAAGGGCGCGGACAGGGCGCUGGCGGAGGUGUACGCGCGGCACACGGGCGACGCGCACGACGCGGACGACGGCGGCGCGGAGCUGGACGAAAUCGGGCGGACGCUGCGGCAGGCGGUCAUGCACGUCCGGCGCGGGACGCGCCACGGCGCGGACCUCGCGCGCACGGCCUGCACGAAGUGCGAGGCUGCGUGCAACGGCAUAGCCGACCACAUGACCGAGGAGGAGCGCGACAUUCUGCCGCUGCUGCAGCAGCACCUGCCGCGGCGCCGGCAGCGCACGCUCGCGCUCCGGACGCUGCGCGCGAUGCCGCUGCGGCUGCUCGAGCACGUGCUGCCGCGCGUCGGGUCGCAACUCCCCCGGGGGGCGUCCGACGCGGUGCUCGACGCGCUGCGGCCCGCGGACGGCGCGGGCGGCGCGGCGGACGCCGCGCUCGACGCGCUGCUGCGCGCGUGGGCCCGCGGCGACGACGCCGGCGCCGCGAAGGGCGUCGUCUUGGGGGUGUCCGGGGCCCCGCCGGGUGUCGCGGUGCCCGGCGCGAAGCGCCCGCGGUCGCCCGGCGACGGCGGGGCCGCCGCGCCCCCGCGCAGCGCCGCGCGCGCGCCGCGCCCUCGGCCGCCGCGGACGCCACGCACGGCGGCGCCGGAGGCUCGGUGCUACCCGAGGCGCCCGCGACACCCCCGUCGGCCGGCGGGGCGCGCACGCAGGGCCCUGCGCCGAUCGACCACAUCUUCGGGUUCCACAAGGCGCUCAAGAACGAGCUCGCGCAGCUCGAGGACGACGCGAUGUCGCUCGGGCUGGGCGGGGCUGCCAUACAGGAGGGCGCCCUGCAGCGGCUGGCGGGGCGGUUCCGGUUCCUGUGGGGCAUUUACCGCGCGCACUCGCACGCGGAGGACGAGGUCGUGUUCCCCGCGCUCGAGAGCAAGGAGCGGCUCCACAACGUCACGAAUUCCUACGCCAUCGACCACCAGCAGGAGGAGAGCCUCUUCUGCGCCCUGGACGAGACGCUCGCGCGCGUGCAGGACGCCUCGCUGGCGAGCUCCGAGCUCGGGCCGCUCAUCGCGUCGCUCCAGCGGCAGUGCGCGGCCAUCCGCGCCGCGGUGACGCUCCACGUGCGCUCGGAGGAGGAGGGCCUCUGGCCGCUGUUCGUCGAGCACUUCACGGACGAGGAGCAGCGGCAGCUCGUCGGGACGAUCAUCGGGCGCACGGGCGCGGAGGUGCUGCAGGCCAUGCUGCCGUGGGUCACGCGCAGCUUCACGGAGGAGGAGACGGGCGAGAUGAUGGACUCGCUGCGACAGGUGACCAGGAAGACUCGGUUCGACAGGUGGCUCGGGGCGAUCAUGGCCACCGAGGGCGCGUCGUCGCAGGAGGGCUCCGAGCACGGCUGCGGCGGCUGCGCGGCAGCACCCGGCGGCAGCGGACACCUGGUGCUCCCCGGCGGCAGCGGCGGCGCCGCCGGACUCGACGACCCCGGGCAGUACCCGUCCGAGGACGAGCUGGCGCCGCUGAAGGAGGUCGCGCAGUACUUGCGGCGGCACGGCGGCCUGAAGGACCGCCUGAAGGCGGAGGUGCCCGAGGCCUCUGGAGCCGUCGAGGACGAGUCCUCGUUCGAGAUCGGCUGGGAGGAUCUCUUCCUGAUGAACCAGAACCAGCUGGAGGGCGCGGUGCGGCGGAUGUCGAGCGACCCGUCGCUGGACCACUCCAAGCGCGCGUACCUCAUUCAGAACCUCAUGGCCGCGAAGUACAUCGUCGCGCAGCAGCUCCGGAUGCGCAGAAUGAGGGACGGGUCCGUGGGGCCGUCCGCGGGGUCGCUCGCGACGCGGAGCGUCGAGCUGGUCGGCGACGGCGAGCCCGCGGCCGCUGCGGAACCUGUGGGCGCGCCGGCGGCGCCGGCGGUGCGCGCGAGUCGCGUGGAGGGCGCGGCGCCUGCGGCGGAGGGCGGCGCGGCCGGGAGCGGCGGCGCGGGGUCGCCGGCGGACGGCGCGGCGCUGCGGACGUACCACGACGAGGCGCGCGGCGUGCUGGGCUGCGAGCACUACGCGCGGAGCUGCAAGCUCGUCGCGCCGUGCUGCGGAAAGGCCUACACCUGUCGGCUGUGCCACGACGACGCGGAGGACCACCGGAUGGACCGGUACGCGGUGCGGUCGAUGCAGUGCAUGCGGUGCGGCGCGCGCGGGCCCGUCGGGCAGAAGUGCGGCGCCUGCGGGGAGUCGAUGGCGAGCUACUACUGCGGCAUUUGCCACUUGUUCGACGGAACGGAGGGCCGGGACAUCUACCACUGCCCGUUCUGCAAUACGUGCCGGAGGGGCAAGGGGCUGGGCGUGGACUUCUUCCAUUGCAUGAAGUGCAACUGCUGCAUGUCGAUGACGCUCAUGAACAAGCACCAGUGCCGCGAGGGGCAGCUGGAGUCCGACUGCCCCAUCUGCCACGAGCUCCUCUUCGACUCGUCGCAGCCCGUCCGCGCCCUCCCGUGCGGGCACUUCAUGCACUCGGGGUGCUUCCGCGCGUACGUCCAGUACUCGUACACGUGCCCGCUGUGCUGCAAGAGCGUCCACUUGGACAUGUCGCUCUACAUCAACAUGAUCGACGCCAUCCUGGCCGCCGAGAGACUCCCGGAGCAGUUCGCCGGCCAGACGCAGAAGAUCAGGUGCCGGGACUGCGAGCGCGACGGCGAGGCGCCGUUCCACUUUGUGUACCACAAGUGCCAGCACUGCAGCUCGUACAACACCGUCCUGCGGUGA